CUCGCAGCGCGCCGGGAAUGUUUCUUUCGGCAGAUAUUAUAUAUUUGGUUAAGGGGGUGCCUUUCUGUUGUUUAAAAGGGAGGGAAAAAGGGGGUGGAUGGUUUGUUCUUGGGGUCCCUGGUGCAAUCUCAGCUCCUCAUGGGUGCUAUUUUGCAACCUCAGGCGCCUGCUAUUGGUCAGCCCAUGAUCAGAUGGUUGUAUUUCCUUGUGUCCCUCGCUGGCACCACGCCAUCUCCCUUCAGCUAAAACCCAAUCUCCGAUAUACUACUAAUAGCUAAACCACUUGGACUAUAAAACACAACAAAUCAUAAAGCCGGGCAAGGACGGCAAAGGCUCCUUCCAAUGAGUUCUUAUUUUGUCAACUCGACCUUCCCGGUGAGCCUGGCGGCGGGGCAGGAGCCCUUCCUGGGACAGAUCCCGCUGUAUCCCUCGGGCUAUGCGGAUCCUUUGAGGCACUACCCCAGCACCUAUGGAGCCACGGGCGUCCAGGAGAAGGGCUACACCUCCUCUCCUUACUACCAGCAGAGCAACGGAGCCUACGGCCGCGGCUCCGCCUGUGACUAUGGGGCCGGCGGGUUUUUCAGGGAGAAGGACCCUGCGUGCGCCCCUCCCAGCCUGGACGAGGUGCCCUUCGCCCCCGAGCCGCGCAAGUCGGACUGCGCGCAGAGCAAAACUGUGUUCGGAGAGAGCGAGGAGCAAAAGUGUUCCGCGCCGGUUUACCCCUGGAUGCAGCGGAUGAACUCUUGCAAUAGUGUCACAGGUUCUUCCUUCGGGCCCAGCGGCCGUCGAGGCCGCCAGACCUACACCCGCUACCAGACCCUGGAGCUGGAGAAGGAAUUCCACUUCAACCGCUACCUGACCCGGCGCCGGCGGAUCGAGAUCGCCCAUUCCCUGUGCCUGACGGAGCGGCAGAUCAAAAUCUGGUUCCAGAACCGCCGCAUGAAGUGGAAAAAAGAGAACAAACUGCUCAACUCCUCGCAGCUCAGCGCGGAGGAGGAGGAGGAGAAAGCAGCGGAGUGAACAGAAACAGAAACAACAAAAAAAAACCCAACAAAAAAAAAAA